AUGUGUUUAUUUUUCUUCUAUCUUCAUUUUUUUAUUUUCAACAUUUGUUUUAUUUAUUUAUUAAUUCAUUUCUUAUUAUUUCAUAUUUUUUCUUCAUUUUUUCCUUCUAAAUAAAUAACUAACUAACUAAUUAGUUAUAUAUUUUUUCUUCAAUAUUCAAAAAGUCACAAUUUAAUUAGUGAUUAAGGUACAUCAAACUUUGGUUCUGCAAUAGUAAAUUGCACUAAUCUCUCAAACUUGACACUUAAUCUUAAGUAAUAACGGCUUAUUUGUUUAGUUUCUUUUUAUUUGAUUUUGUUAUCUUUUUCUUUUUAUUGUACUUGUGUUUAUUUUUCUUCUAUCUUCAUUUUUUUAUUUUCAACAUUUGCUUUAUUUAUUUAUUAAUUAAUUAAUUUCUUAUUAUUUCAUAUUUUUUUUUCAUUUUUUCCUUCUAAAUAACUAACUAACUAACUUAUUAAUUAAAUAUUUUUUCUUUAAUAUUUAAAAAGUAACAAUUAAAUUGGUAUUGAGGGUGCAAUAAAUUUAUGUCCUGCUAUAUAAAAUUGCACUAAUCUCUCAAAAUUGACACUUCGCCUUUGUGAAAAUACGAUCAAUAAAUCAUAAUAAUUGAAAGUAAAAAGCAAGUAUCUUAAAUCAAAAAGAUUAGUUGUCAUUCAAAUCUAAUUCUUAUCUUUUCUAUGGCCAUGGUGA